AUGAAGCUCUCAUUUCUUCAGGCUAUUUUCCUUGGCUCAAUUAGUACUCUAUCGGUAGCCAAAUCUAUUGCAUGCACCCGAAAGGCAGUUUCGGAUAUUCUUCCUCGAGGUGUCAGCCUUUCAUUUGUUCAACAUAUUCCCAAAAAUGGCACCUUCACAGUUCCCGAGGGCGACACGGGCUGGCCAAUAGACCCCAUCAACCUGCCGGAACUGUGUGCUAUUGGAGCCAUGGUUCCAGGAACGAACACUAAUAAGACAUUUGGCUUCGGACUUUUCUUACCACUGGAGUGGAAUGGGCGUACCCUGUCAACAAUCAUUUCGGAUCCUUAUGGCUGCAACUUUAAUGCCGAGUCUCUCCUUUGUAAAAGUGGGACGGGCGGGUCUAACUUGACAGAUUGUCUGAGCCCUGAGCAACUUAGUACUUUCGAUACAUUAACGCGUGAUUACGUUGGCAUGAACUCAACUCUGAUAUUCCCUGCUUGGCUUUUAGGAUCUGAACACUUUUGGGAUCUUAACAUUGACGGCGGUGCCCCAAAUAUCAUUGGGUUGGGAUACAUUCAAUAUAUGAUGGGGCUUGGGUCUGAUUGGAAAUGGAGAGAUUUCGAUGAGUCUAUCGUUGAUCUCUCAGAGCAGCUCAAUCCCGGACAGGCCGAUGCGUCAAACUAUGACCUGGCACCCUUUUUCCGGAGCGGUAAUAAGUUCAUUCAUUAUCACGGGUUGAGUGAUGGUGGAAUCGCCACUGGAGCAAGUUUCUACCUCUAUGAUCAAAUUGAUCGAGCCAUCUCGACGGAAAACUUUGAUAUCAGUGACUCAUAUCGGUUCUUCCCAAUUCCGGGAAUGGGGUACGCGAAAGCUGUGGACCCUUUCUCAUCCGACGGACAUAGUACUGACUAUUGA